CCCCGCCCCCCGCGCCGCUCCCCCUUUGAAAACUGAUCUUUGGCUCUUCGUGUGAAAGUGAUUUGAAUUUGGCUCGGCGGCGCUCUGCGCAGGCGUCCAGCUGCUGGCAUGCUGGCUCCUUGCAAAGCAGCUGUUUUGGGUUUGAAAUUCCAACAUGGCAGAGGCUGCAGUCAGUCUUCCCUUCAAAAACUUGGAAUGAUUUCAAAUCAUAGGCACCUUCACUUAACCCGAGCCCCCAUUCAUCAGCAAACACAUCGGAUCGAUGCUACUCUAACCUAUCGGGUUCUUGUACCAAAUCUCCAGGUUAAAUGAAUACCUGACGAAAGGGCCCACGUUUCAAGGCAGUGACAUUUGAUAGCUGAGAGGAAAAGUGGCUUUAAUGAAAAGCAACCUUUGGAAUUCCUGCUUGUGAAAAAUCCAAUUCAGCUUUUUGUGCUGCCAGCAAGAAAUGAUCAGUAGCACCAGUGUUUAUGGCUUGAAGAUGCAGUGGACGCCGGAGCAUGCCCAGUGGCCAGAACAGCACUUCGAUAUCACUUCAACCACCCGCUCUCCAGCCCACAAGGUGGAAGCCUACCGGGGGCACCUGCAGCGCACGUACCAGUACGCCUGGGCCAACGAUGACAUCUCGGCUCUGACCGCCUCCAACCUUCUGAAAAAGUAUGCAGAAAAAUAUUCCGGGAUUUUGGAAGGCCCGGCUGAGCGACCCAUUCUCAGCAAUUACUCUGAAGCUCCCUCGGGGCUGGUGAAUGGUCGGAAGAAUGAAAGUGAGCCUUGGCAGCCAUCCUUGAACUCGGAGAGCGUGUAUCCCAUGAACUGUGUCCCAGAUGUCAUCACCGCCAGCAAAGCUGGGGUAAGUGCAGCCCUCCCUCCCGCAGAUGUUUCAGCCAGCAUCGGGAGCUCUCCUGGGGUGGCCAGUAACCUGGCUGAACCCAGUUACUCCAGCAGCACCUGUGGAAGUCACACCGUUCCCAGUCUUCAUUCAGGGCUCCCAUCUCAGGAAUAUGCCACAGGAUACAAUGGCUCAUAUUUGCAUACCAGUUACAGCGGCCAGCCAGCACCUGCACUUCCAUCCCCUCAUCCAUCCCCCCUGCACAGCUCGGGACUUUUACAGCCCCCACCACCGCCGCCACCACCAGCCCUUGUCCCCGGCUACAACGGGACCUCCAACCUCUCCAGUUACAGCUACCCUUCUGCCAGUUAUCCUCCUCAAACUGCUGUUGGCCCUGGGUACAGUCCUGGGGGUGCCCCGCCACCCUCAGCUUACCUGCCUUCAGGAAUCCCUGCUCCAACCCCUCUGCCCCCAACCACUGUCCCCAGCUACUCCUACCAGGGCCACGGCCUGACGCCAAUUGCGCCGUCUGCCCUGACAAACAGUUCAGCCAGCUCUCUCAAAAGGAAAGCUUUCUACAUGGCAGGGCAAGGAGAAAUGGACUCCAGUUAUGGAAAUUACAGCUAUGGCCAACAGAGAUCUACACAGAGUCCAAUGUAUCGAAUGCCAGACAACAGCAUUUCAAAUGCAAACAGAGGGAAUGGUUUUGACAGAAGUGCUGAAACAUCAUCCUUAGCAUUUAAGCCAACAAAGCAGCUAAUGUCCUCUGAACAGCAAAGGAAAUUCAGUAGCCAGUCCAGUAGGGCUCUAACACCCCCAUCCUAUAGUACUGCUAAAAACUCGCUGGGUUCAAGAUCGAGUGACUCGUUUGGGAAGUAUAGCUCCCCAGUAAUGAAUGAGCACGGUGAUGAGCACAGGCAGCUCCUCCCUCACCCAAUGCAAGGCCCGGGACUUCGUGCAGCUACCUCAUCCAACCACUCUGUGGACGAGCAACUGAAGAAUACUGACACACACCUCAUUGACCUUGUUACCAAUGAGAUUAUCAACCAAGGACCUCCCGUGGACUGGAGCGACAUUGCUGGCCUAGAUCUAGUAAAGGCCGUCAUUAAGGAGGAGGUUUUAUGGCCAGUAUUGAGGUCAGAUGCAUUCAAUGGACUGACUGCUCUACCUCGGAGCAUCCUUUUAUUUGGACCUCGGGGAACAGGCAAAACAUUAAUGGGCAGAUGUAUAGCUAGUCAGCUGGGGGCCACGUUUUUUAAAAUCACUGGCUCUGGCCUUGUCACAAAGUGGUUAGGGGAAGGAGAAAAAAUUGUCCAUGCCUCCUUCCUCGUGGCAAGAUGUCGCCAACCCUCAGUGAUUUUUGUUAGUGACAUUGACAUGCUCCUUUCCUCUCAAGUGAGUGAAGAACAUAGUCCAGUAAGUCGGAUGAGAACCGAGUUCCUUAUGCAGCUGGACACUGUACUGACUUCUGCUGAGGACCAAAUAGUAGUAAUUUGCGCCACGAGUAAACCAGAAGAAAUUGAUGAAUCUCUUCGAAGGUACUUCAUGAAACGACUUUUAAUCCCACUUCCUGACAGCACAGCGAGACACCAGAUAAUAGUACAACUGCUCUCACAGCACAAUUACUGUCUCAAUGACAAGGAGGUUGCACUGCUUGUCCAGCGCACAGAAGGCUUUUCUGGACUAGAUGUGGCUCACUUGUGUCAGGAAGCCGUGGUGGGCCCACUACAUGCCAUGCCAGCCACAGACCUUUCAGCCAUUAUGCCCAGCCAGUUGAGGCCAGUUACAUAUCAAGACUUUGAAAAUGCUUUCUGCAAGAUACAGCCUAGCAUAUCUCAAAAAGAGCUUGAUACAUACGUUGAAUGGAACAAAAUGUUUGGUUGCAGUCAGUGAUGCUACUUUAAAAAGAAUUGUAAUGAAUGUUGGCACACACAGAAUCUGCUACAUAGGGGUAGAGAACCCUUUUCAGUAGUGUUAAAAUUGCAAAGGGUACUGGGAAGACUACGAUUUACCUUGCCUCUAAAGAGCCAGGGUAUACUUGAAGGAAAAGUGCAUCAAACAAGAGCUGCUGAUCUGAAAAAGCCACACAUGACAGAAAGCGCAUGUUGAUGCUCAGUUCUGUUCAAGCUAGACAAUACUCACCAAGGAGCAAGGUGCAAGUGGGUUGAUUUCAGAAGGACAUGAACCCUGUGUGUUGAUUCCAUUCUGCUGUUCUUGAGAUUUAGUUGCUGUCAAGUGCCUGAAGUGGUGCUUUAUUUUUUGUUUGCCUCACAAUUACAUUGGUGGCAUGUGCUAAUAAAAAGAGCUUUAACUUCAAACAUUAUUGGACUAAAGAGAUGAACGGUUGUGUUGCGACAGAGAGCCAGAUUUUUGCUAUUCUAAGAGCAACAGUAUUCCUCAAUCCUGUCUGUUCUGUGGUGUUAAACUAAGAACAGGUAAAACAGGGUAAUGGUAAUCUGGACCUUAAUUUCUGCAGUUCAUUUCUUUUAAUGUUCUGUCUGCAAAAACUCAGGAAAGUGAUUGUGAUUUGUACAGUACCUCAAAGGAAUGUGUUGAAAGCACUAUGUACUGCUGAGAGUUAUAGGCUAGGCUUCAAUGUUACUUUAUAUUAAAUAUGUAUGUUUACCUCAACAAUUGGAAUAUGGCAAGGAAAAUUACUUUGAAUGUAUCCAGGAAAAAAAAACUAAAGCGUGAUAUGACUGAAGCUUUACAGUUUUUAAAAAUAGAAGCAUUUCCCAGUGUUCAGGAAUGGUUCUUUUGCCAAUUUCUCACAUCAAACCAGAGAAGAACGAUUUUUCUUAUUGGGAAACUGUUAGAGUUUUCAGCAUAUUGCUCCUUGAUAAUAAGGUGAUACAGUCUUUAGUAGGUGCAUAGAUGAAUGAAAGAGCCACUUAAUCGGUUUAUGUUAGCAUCUGAAACAGUCAAACGUAAGAUUUGGUAGGAUUCCGAGAGGCAAAUUACCUUAAGCUGUGACGGCUGGCCUUUGUUGCAUGGCUCUAGUCGUAGUUUUGAGGCUAUUUUGGUGAAGCUGUAGGGAGUGGAAUCAGUGUAGGUCACUGGCAGAGCUAUGGGUUGCAGAGCUGUUUAUAGCAGUGCAGUGGACUGUGACCAAACGAACAGUACAAAUAACAAAGCAAAACUGAACCCUCAAAGUACAUUUACUUCCCUUCCCAAACUGUAAAGUUGAGUUUUUGUUGUGUACGUAUGGCUUCAUUGUCCUUAAUGCAGUCUUCAUUUAGCAUCCAUUAGAAAUCUUUCAGGCUGGAGUGUGCCCACCAUUAUUUCUACCUCGGUUUUGUUACGUUUCUGUUGGAAAGCAAAGUAAGGAACAGGGCAAAAACCACCACCAACACAAGUCAGAUUACAUUAGGAAUGCAAACCUGCUAAACAAGUUUCAGAGAGCUGCUGUUUUUUCCCCUGAAGUCAAGUGUUUCUCUGUGUUAGUGCUCUUUCCCCCCUCCUCUUUCCUCCCCCAAAUAUACAUGUUCUGGUGUCUUCCUUCUGGAAAGACUAGCUGGCAUGUGUGGCAUUUUGCUCAGUCCUCCCCCACCCCAGCCCCCCUUUCUUUUUAUCCUUUAAUGCUUUCCGUGCAACUCUUUUGGUGACAGCUGACUGAUGUUGGGUAAUGUCUCUGAGCAAGAGCAGUGCGUGUUGCAGCUGCCCAAAGCCUCUGCCAUCACAUGAACAAAACAGCCUUGCUUUUUUGAAUGUAUUUUUUGUUUGUUUACUUUAAGGAAACAGUAACAAAACUGUUGCAAAGCACUGGCAUUUAAUGUUUCUCUUAAGUAAUGUACGUCAAGACCAUUAAAUAAAUGCACUGAAAAGCCCCAAGAAGAGAGAUACCAAUCUGUUACUAGGUCAUGUUUGUCUUCUCAAAAAUUGUACAGACCUUGUCCGUUUUGUUAAAUCAAUGGAGACUUUUAGCGUUCAGAAAGCUAAUGAGGGAUUUUGUGAUAUUGCUGGAAAUUUAUGACUCUUGAUUAUUACUUUUCUUUAUUUUUCUUUUAAGAUAUAUAUAUAUAUAUAUAUUUAGAUAGAACAUGCUAAAAACAGAGCAAAUAAACCAAAAUCUAAUUUAAGAUGGAUUCCUGGCAAACAUUUUGUCUAUCUAAAACUUUAUGUUUUAAGCAUAAAAGUACCAUUUUAAAAACAGUGCCUUUCAUUAAGGAUAUUGAAAGUAAGA